GCCCAUACUUCUAGAAAUUUGACUCUGCCAACAGUGAAAAAGCAUCCUACUUGUACUGGAUUAGCUCAAAAACGUCAUGUGGUCUAUAUGUAACCACAUUCUCCAUAUAUAACACAAUGAAUUCUCUCUUCAUACAUCAAUCCCUUUUUGCUAUAUCCACUUAUCCAAUAUAUAUACACUGAUCAGUUUCUUUUUAUAGAAAGAAUCUCUCUAAAUCUGCAGCUGCAGUACUAUUUGGCUACUUAAGCCAAGAAAAUCUCAAACCAAUAUGGAAGCUUGCUUUGUCACUUCAAAGCCCUUCUCAGAGAAACUCUUCCCUUUGUUAGGAUCAAGAAUUUCUUAUUCUACUAGAAGGAGGUUAUUUGUUAGUCAAUUUCAUCAGCCAAAAAAAGUUGGCAUUCCUUUUUCAGUGACAUGUUGCCAGGCAAACUCACCAUUGCCAUCACCUUCACCUCAAGAUGAAGAAAGACCUUUUGCUGAAACCGAUUGGCGAUCAUUUCGAGCAAGAUUAGUCGCCGGAGAACGAGCUUCCCGGUCGGAAGAUCCUUCCUCCGUCGUCAAUCCCGACACCGUCGACGAUCUUCCACCGCCUCCGGCCGUCACAAUCGGUAGCAAAUGGGCCCACACCAUUCACGAACCCGAAAAAGGUUGCUUACUCAUUGCUACCGAAAAGCUCGAAGGCGUCCACAUAUUUGAGCGGACUGUAGUUCUCUUGUUGUCAAUGGGCCCAAUAGGCCCAAUGGGCUUAAUUCUUAACAGGCCUUCGCUUAUGUCAAUAAAGGAAAUGAGAUCUUCUGUAUUGGACAUAUCCGGUACAUUUGCGAAUAGGCCGUUAUUCUUUGGUGGGCCUUUAGAAGAUGGGCUUUUUUUAGUGAGCCCAAAUGAAGGAGGUGAAGAUGGGCUUGGGAAAAGUGGAGUUUUUGAUGAAGUCAUGAAAGGUUUGUAUUAUGGUACAAAAGAAAGUGUGGGUUGUGCUUCUGAAAUGGUGAAAAGAGAUGUAGUUGGGCUUGAUAAUUUUAGGUUCUUUGAUGGGUAUUGUGCAUGGGAAAAAGAUCAAUUAAGGGAUGAGAUUAAAGCUGGUUAUUGGACUGUAGCAGCUUGUAGCCCAAGUGUAAUUGGGCUUUCUGAUGUGGGAAGUGUUGGGCUUUGGGAUGAAGUUCUUGGGCUUAUGACCCAUAAGAAAGUUUGGUGAGGUGAACUACUACUGAUCAUAUUGGUAUGAUUUGUAAUUAAAGAGAGGAUAUGGGUUUCUGUAUUAAUUGUAGCUUGAACUUUUGAGUUAGAUUUGUGUUGAAAGUAGAAGCCCAAUAUUGUAAAUUAUUAUUAUGCAUUGAAUAUGAGUUUUUAACUAAUUAAAAGAUAAUGAAAUUAUUAUUGGAAA